GGAAACUCGAGAGCGAGUCUUCAGUUAAGGCUUAGCUUAGCGGUAGUCUAGUUGAUACUAUUUUUUUCUGAUGAGUGAUCCUGUGGCAUCUCACUGCGAUCAGUGGCGUGGUGCCUGUGGAUAGAAGGUUACUUAUUAGUUUGACAAAUCUUAGAGAUCUAAUCUCGGGCGUAUUGUGUCUUGGUGCGAUUGCGGGACGAGCGCAACCGAUGGUCGCUUUUGCAUCAUCUGACCGUGUGUGCACGAAAAAACACGCUGGACCCUUCUUCCAAGCUCCACAAAGCGAGUCACGCGUGGUUGAAAUAUGGUAGCAAGCAUCACAGAACCACCU